UGGCCGGGCUCGAGCUGCGCGGUCUGCGUGACAUCACACGCCCCAUGCUGUUCCGUCUGCAGUAUGUGGGAGUGGUCAAGAAAGAAAGCCACGCCCACACGCUGACACGCUUUUUGGUAACCAUCAACCAGGAAAUCCCUCAGUUCAGACUAAAGAAACAAAAAGAAAACGUUCAAGAAUUUAUAUAAUAUGACGGAGUCUAACAGAUCAACACAAUUAUCAGGAAAUGAUCAUUUCGGCUGUGAAGAGGAAAAAAGAAUUGCUGCUUCCAAUCGUCUUUCUGAGCUGCGCCUCAUCCUUCUGGGUUGGCGGUGGCCUGGGAAAAGCCUCACUGGAAACACUAUCAUUGGGCGUGAAGAGUUCCGGCUGGAACGAGCAGCUGAAUUUUCUGUGAAGCGUGAUGUAGAGCGCUAUGGCCGCAAGCUGACUCUGGUGGACACACCAGGCUGGUUUUCAGCUCAGACCACUCCAGCUGCUUAUCAACAAGAGAUGGCUCGCAGUGUGGGCAUGUGCCCACCGGGGCCGCAUGCUUUCCUGCUCGUUGUGCCUGUAGGCAUGUUCACAGAAACAGACAGGGUGAGAAUCGAGGAGAACCUGGUGUUGUUCGGUGAUGCUGUGUGGAAGCACACCAUCGUGGUGUUUACAUGGGCUGAGGCGCUGAAGAACAUGCCAAUCGAUAGAUACAUCCGGCGCCAAGGAAGUGCACUACAGUGGGUGCUGGACAAGUGCAAGAUGAGAUACCAUGUUGUCAACAACGAUGCCUUUGGAGACAAUACCCAGGUCCCUCAGCUGAUUGAGAAGUUGGAGAAGAUGGUAGCUGAGGAAGGAGGGCACUUCAUACCCAUGACAGAGGAAGAGAAAGCACAGGAUCAGGUUAUCGCUAAAGCUACUGAUGAAAACUCGAACCCAAAAGAAGUGAAAGAGAAGCGUGAGCUUGGAGCUCGGCCCAAACAGAACUGUUCCUUCAGCUCAAUGCACUCUGUCAGUGUAGAGAGUCAACACAGUUUGAUGGAAGGACUGUCUGAUUAAUGAACAAGGACCAGAGACUGAAUUUGUGCUGCUUUAAUGCAUUCCUUAAUCUGAGGUUAUUUGGUGAAUAUCUGCAGCUACAGAAAAUUAGUAUUUAUUUACCUGAAAACAAGGAUGUGAUGUAUAUAUUUUACAUUUCUGGAUGUGCUGUAUAUCUUUAAGUGAAGGAAAAGUGAAAUAUCCCUAAUAGAUGAUCUGCACUAAUGGGCACUUAAAACUAUUGCAUCAAGUUGAUACUCAGUUUUUAAAAAUAAUUAGUUUUUUAAAAAGUCAUUUUGUUACUGGUAUGAAGAGUAGUUAAAUUCUUUUACCUGUUUAUUAUGAAAUUAGUGUCAUAUCAAAAUAUAACUAUAUUGGACAUUUUUUAAAAAUGCAAAGCUCGAUUUUUAAUGCUUCUUUUUUUUAAACAGUAAAACCACCACAUUUGUGCCUUGACUCAACUUAAAGAUUAAACCAAUCAGCCAGGAAUUCUAGAUUAGUUUUUCCUGUUCAUUCAGAACUUUUUGCUAACACUGCAUUUGUGAAUAUUUCUUUUCACUGAAAAUAUUAUUUUAUUAUUAGAAUGUUAAAUUGUACUUUCGGCAAACAUUUUAGUAGUAGAAACAUAGUUAACUUUUAACAUUUAUCUUAAAUGCUUCUUUUAUUGAAUUUAUGUGAAAUAGUCAACAUUAUAUCAAACUACACAAUGAAAAAGCUUUUACCGGGACACCAAGUAAAACAAAAUACUGCUUUUACUGCUGCAUACUACUUUUUACUACUAGAACACUAUUUGUUUCCAGCAAUAAUACUGUACCAUAGUGUAAUACUGUCAUGACUUGUGAUUAUAGAUUGUCAUCACAUUUGCGUUCAUUAAACUUUGAGAGGCUGAAAGUAGGUCCAGUUGGAGUUUGAUAUAUCUGUUAUUCAUAUAUAAAUUCAUCUUAAAAUAGUUGGAACAGGUUACAGAAUUGAAUAUCUCUGUGUGCUGUAGUUUUUAAAUCGAUAUAAAUUUUAUGAUUAAAAGAAACUGUGACUUUA